CGUCCACAGAACCUCACUUGACACGAAGGCGCACCUUGUCACAUACCAAGAAAGGCGUGCUCUAUCGAAAUCCGGACUCCAAUAGCACCACGAUCCCGUGCGGUGCACACGCCUUCCAAUGGGUUCGUCCUUCUCCUCUCCGGCGUCUGGGCCGACUGGACCCGCAGGCGUUUCACACUUUGAUGUCGAAUCGGACGACGACCUGGUGCAUGAUUUCAAGUACUAUACUUCUGGUCUCCACCGGUCGUCGAUAUGGUUCAUGCCUCAGGAUCGAGAGGUCAUGUACAUCUCGAGCAGUCUCCUCAGCGGCACCACCUAUAUCAAGACUCCCAUGGACCAACCGAUCAUACAAUUUACGAGAAAUUGGUUCUCCCUGCGGUACACCGGGAUCACCAACAUGGACCAUUUCGUCCGAUCCGAAAUCUCGUUCGACUUGGACUACGUGAACUGUAAGAUCUCAGCGAGCUUUCUGAACCAAAGAGGUCACCACACUGGACAGAAGACGACUUGGGUUCUGUGCGACCCGCCCGGAGAUGGCAAGCAGGCCGAAAUCAAGGGUUCCCACGGAACGUCGAUCGCUAAGCUUAAUUAUUCUACGAAGGGCUGGUGGCCUUUCUACAUCAUAUCUUACGAUAUCAGGGUCCAACCGGGCUGCGACGAUGUUUUGGCGAUAGCCAUGUGUUGCCUUUGGGACACCAUGAUGUGGUCGACGGUUUACGGGGAGGAGGAGGCCGACCUUUUUCUGGGGUUGAACCUAAGACAUCUACGAAGACAGCUCCUAUGGAUAUAUCCAAGGUCGGUAUCGUCGGGGUGAAGUACGACGAGGACCGACUUCCCAUACCGGCCAAGUCUCAUCGCUACCAGCGCUCAAGGAUCACAGCGUGAUGAUGAAACUCCCGCUUUCCUGAUGACGGGCGUAUUAGCUGGAACUGGAUCAGGAUGUGAUACGGCCGGGAAUCGUCGCACUAGAGACAGACUUGAGUCGAAGACUGCUCGAUCUAACCGUUACGAUCGGUCUAGACCUGAUGCUUGUUGCUUAGAUCGUAUUGAUAAACCAUCGUUAUAAGCUUAAAGGUAAUCUCAUUCUGU